AUGUUCAGCGCGUUUGGGAUGAGUGCCACCACUAGUGAAUAUGAGUAUCGAGACAUCAACCAUCUCACUGCGAUGCAGGAUCGAGAACUGGGAUGUUUUGCAGCUGAUCGCACACGAAGUCCAUACAUCAUCUUUCUCAAAGUACCUGCUAAAAUCCUUCAAGCUCCUCUAAUUCCAUUUGAAUCCUAUUUUUUACACGAUCAAGUCCUCAUCAUCAAAAUGGAGAGUCGCGCACACGCUACCGCAAAUGAAGAAUUCGCUCAGUUGUUCAACAAGAAGCUUGAAGAAAUGGGCGGCCUUGAUGAAAAGCUACGCAAGUUGGGAACAGCUCAUUUUGAGGGCCACGAGCGGCUAAAGAGAGCCGAUAAAACUUAUUUACCAAAGAGGCUCCCCAAAGGCCGAUCAAGACAAUGGCCUACUCUCAUUCUUGAAGUUGGUUAUUCAGCGUCGCGCCAGAAACUAACAAAUGAUGUCCAGUGGUGGCAGUCUGAGUCACAGGGGGAUGUACAGAUCAUCCUGACAGUCGAUAUCAACCAGAAACGCAGGGAGAUUAUAUUUGAGAAAUGGGCGUCUACAGGUCAAGAAAGCAUCUAUCGUACAGUGAUCUCCAAGGACACCAGCCAGACUUCUAUCCGUGCCACCAACCAAGACCCUCUUAUCAUUGACUUUAACGGUUUAUUUCUUCGAGACCCAGAUGGGCCCAUAGAGGGAGAUAUCUUGUUUCGUCUGGAUGAUCUAAAGAAGCUGGCAGCUAGCAUAUGGGAGGAGCAAUUCGAAGAAUAG